GUAUCCCUGCUGUCUGAACAUACUUCACCGUCGAGGCACCACUCGACCAGGAGGUCGUGUGCCCCGCCACUCGCGUCCGUCUGCGCAUGGUGCAGCCACGAAGAUGUCAAUGGUCAUGACAAAGGUGGAGAACGCCUGCGUUUCCUGGGGUUGCCGCAUUAACAGCUACGGCCUGGACAUACUGCAAGAGGGCCUGACGCGGCUGUGGCCCAGAGUGGACGAGGAGCGCGUCUUGGAGGAUGCCGAGGCUCGGCUGGCGCAGCUGCGCUACUUCCACCGCGAGGGGGCCAUGAGCUCCGUGAGCUUCACGGAGCUCUGCGCUCGCUUUCCGGAAGUCCUGCUGGACUACCGCGCGCAGGUCUUGUGGGAACAAGAUGACUUGCUGGCCAUCCACAAGCCGUGGGGCAUGCGCGCCUACCUCGCGCGGAAGAACGGCGCCAGGUACAGGGCCUGGCCUGAGGAGCUCACAGCCCACGACCGCCUGCAGCAGCUGUAUGUUGGGCAGCGUCCGCGGAUGUGCAACCGCCUCGACUUCGCCACCAGCGGCCUCAUGCUGGUGGCCAGAAGCCGCGAGGCAGCCGGAGAGGCCUGCCGACUCUUCCACCAGCGUUCUGUUGGCAAGACCUAUUUGGCUUUGGUCUUGGGCCAUCCCCCUGCUAGCUGGGACAGGGGUGCGGUGCUGGACUACCGCAUUGUGGACACAAAGGGCUUUGCGAGAAAGGCCGUGAGCCCGGCAUUAGAGGAGCUCAAUGGGCGGGUGACGGAGAAGGCCGAGACGUUCGUGCGCGUACUCCAGAGGGGCCUCUGGCCCCGGCAUCCCUGGGAGGCCGGCUAUGGAGGCUGCGGAGAGGGUGGCGGUGCGGAACUGCAGAGGGAGCGGUUGCCCGCUUCCCUGGUCGAGGUCCGGCCGAAGACGGGCCGCCGACACCAGAUUCGCGUUCACUUGGCAGCUGCUGGGCAUCCUGUGCUGGGCGAUGACUCCUACGGGGGCCAGCCGUGGGGCGUGCGAGGCGGCAGCUACCGCAUGUACCUGCACGCCUGGAAGCUAAAGCUGCCCUGGAGGGAGGAUGUCUGCUCCAUGGAAGAUCCGUGCAGUUGGCUCGAGGAUCAGCUCCUCUUGGAUGACGGCACGGUUUAG